AUGGAGAAGUUCGUAUCAGAAAGGCCUGUUCCUGUGAUUAAGAAUGGAAUCCCUACUGUUUCACCCCAGAAGAAGCCAGAUACAAACUCAUGCCCUCAUGCACCUGGCAAAUUAUUUCUCUCUGGUGGGACAGACAAUGAGAACUGCAAGGCUAAUGAGAAGGAAAGGCAGUGGAUCCGCCCUGAUACACCCAGCAAAUGCACAUGGAAGCUUGGGAAACCCAUCUCUUCCUCCCCCCAUCAUCAUGCUGCUCUGCCAGAGCCUCCAAAGAUCCUGCCAAACAUCCUGAAUAAAGUUGGCAAUACUCCUUUGGUGCGAAUCAACAAGAUUGGGAAGCACUUUGGGCUCAAGUGUGAACUCUUGGCCAAGUGUGAGUACUUCAACGCUGGAGGCAGCGUGAAGGAUCGCAUCAGCCUGAGGAUGGUGGAGGAUGCUGAGAAGGCUGGGAUCCUGAAACCUGGGGACACAAUCAUAGAGCCAACCUCUGGAAACACAGGAAUUGGGCUGGCCCUGGCUGCAGCAGUGAAGGGUUACCGCUGUAUCAUCGUGAUGCCAGAGAAAAUGAGCAUGGAGAAGGUGGAUGUCCUGAGAGCUCUGGGUGCUGAGAUUGUGAGGACCCCAACCACUGCCAGAUUUGAUUCUCCUGAAUCUCACGUGGGAGUAGCAUGGAGACUGAAAAAUGAAAUCCCCAAUGCACACAUCCUAGACCAGUACCGGAAUGCCAGCAACCCCCUGACACACUACGACACCACAGCUGAGGAGAUCCUGCAGCAGUGUGAUGGAAAGGUAGACAUGCUGGUGGCUACAGCUGGCACAGGAGGUACUAUCACUGGCAUCUCCAGAAAGCUGAAGGAGAAGUGUCCAAGUUGCAAAAUUAUAGGUGUGGAUCCUGAAGGCUCCAUCCUUGCUGCCCCAGAAGAACUGAACAAGACUGACAAGACAAUGUAUGAAGUGGAAGGAAUUGGAUAUGAUUUUGUCCCCACAGUGUUGGAUAGAUCUACAGUGGACCAGUGGUACAAGAGCAACGAUGAGGAGUCGUUCGCGUUGGCGCGCAUGCUGAUCCGGGAGGAGGGACUGCUGUGUGGUGGCAGCUCAGGCAGUGCCAUGUCUGUAGCUGUGAAGGCAGCCAAAGAGCUGAAGGAGGGUCAACGCUGUGUUGUUAUCUUCCCUGACUCCAUCAGGAACUACAUGUCCAAGUUCUUGAGUGACAAAUGGAUGAUUCAGAAGGGGUUCAUGAAAGAAGAAGACCUUGGCAGCAAACCUUGGUGGUGGAACAUCAGUAUUCAGGAGCUGAGCCUCUCUGCUCCCCUGACUGUGCUUCCAACUGUUACCUGUGCGAAGACUGUGGAAAUUCUCCGAGAGAAGGGAUUCGACCAGGUACCAGUUGUUGAUGAAUCUGGGGUGAUUUUGGGCAUGGUUACCCUGGGUAACAUGCUUUCCUCGCUGCUUGCUGGAAAAGUUCAGCCUUCUGAUGAAGUCAGAAAAGUAAUCUACAAGCAGUUCCAACAGAUUAACCUGAAAGACAACUUGGGGAAACUCUCUCAUAUCCUGGAAAUAGAUCACUUUGCUCUAGUGGUUCAUGAACAAAUUCAAUAUCACACCGACGGCUCCUCCAAUUUUGAUCAGCAAGAGUGA